AUGGCAACAGCAGCACCUCUCCAGCCUUCUGCGGCACACGAUUUCUCCCAAUCUGCUCGCGCAGAGGCAGCCUUUCAUGCAAACGACACGCCAUUUAUUCCCCGCGGUGAUACAACUGUGACUUUAAACUACUUCCGCCCACCCGAAGACGGGUCGAAACCUUUUAAUUUCGUCGAGGCACCUCCCGAGGGUCAACCCCCAAGAAACUUCGGCGACUUCGAUAUUCAGGUUCCCAUCAAAGACAUUCGGGGUCAUGAGUCGGAAUACACCUUAGAUAAGGACGCCUUCCAAGUUGUUUCGGGUCUUCCCGAGUCCGCAGAACAAGAGUUUGUCGACGACGAAUCGAUAAAGAAGAAUUACUAUCCCGAGGUCGAGAAGUUGCUAUUGGAUAAUAUUCCUGGUAGCAACAAAGUCUUCAUUUUCGAUCACACAAUCCGUCGAUCGAAUCCCGACGCCCCUCGCAGCCCAAUCACCAGAGUGCAUAUCGAUCAGACCAAGAAAUCCGCCACCGCAAGGGUACACUACCAUCUUCCAGAAGAAGCAGAGAAACUUCUACAGGGUCGAUACCGUUUAAUCAACAUCUGGAGACCUCUAAAUGGCCCUGUCCAAUCCAGUCCUCUCGGUUUCGCUAGCUCCUCGUCGUUGAAAGACGAAGAUCUAAUCCCGGUUGAGCACAUAUAUCCAGACCGAACUGGCGAGACAGCAGGCAUCAGAUAUAACGAGGGCCAGAGGUGGCACUAUCUUUCAGGUAUGAAGAACGACGAGAGACUUUUUCUAGAGUGUUACGAUAGCGAGGGACAUGUGCCUGGAUCUCAAGUCCAAGGAGGCAGAGUUCCUCACACUGCCUUCAGAGAUUCUCGCACUCCAGAGAACGCUGUCGGUAGAGAAAGUAUCGAGGUUAGAGCUCUGGUAUUUGGUCCAUGA